AUGACGGUCAAAGCCUAUGGGGAAAUGACGAAUUCGCUCGCAAUGCGGGAGCGCGAGCGGAAACUUGUGGAGCUGCAGUCGCCGACAGCAGCGAAAGCCACAUCUUCCUUUGUUGUUGCAGGAACAAGCAGCCACGUGGCGAACCCUUUUGCUUCAUCAGCAGUGUCGUCCUCUUCUGCUAACGCCAAUGCAGUCACAAAGCCGUUUCAACAAACCAGUUCCGCCGGACUGUUUGUCGCUGCCGCAAACGUCGCGGAGGGCUACGAUGUCGUGCCACUUCCGGUACUAAUUGGAUUGCAUCUUGAUCAACUUAUACUUGUUUCUACUUUUUUUGCAGGAACAAGUCUUUCGCACGUAGUGCUCAAUGUAGCCAAAAGAAGCAAGUACUGCAUCUCCCGUUUUAUUAUUCAUAAAAAAAAAUUCACAACAGCAAGCGUAUCCGAAGCUUUCUGGAAGCAGUGCAGUGUUACUGGUUUUCGGGAUGCUACUACUCUGGUUCGAGUUGACACUCGCGUGCUUUUCGCAGACGGACGUGUUUACGCAAAUUCGGUUAUCCUGAGUAAAAACGUACCCACACCAUAGUCAAGUUGGGGAAUCGGCUAGACAAAUCCACAAGUUUUGGCUGUUUUGCAUGACAAAUUUGGAUUCGUAGUGUAAUGCUGUUUGAGCUAGCUCAGCAGCAUCACAGAUCUAGCAUACCAUGCUGACUGGAGCAUGACAAAUUGCAAAACACCACUAGAAAAUGCUUCUCAUGGGGCUCCGCAUGAGAAACAUUUUAAGCAUGCAGAUUUGCAUGACAACUUACUAUGGUGUGGGUACGUUUUUACAUAGGAUAUCGGUACAUUGCGCAGUCCAUGAAGAAAACCGCAACUUCUGCCACUUCCUCCGCCGUAUGCGUUGCAAAAGAAUCGUACUAGUAGAAAUCGCAUUACAAAUUCGGUCAGCAUGACAAAUCAAAUCUGUCAUGCUGUUUUACCUUCGGAUGGAAAUUUGUAAUGCAUGACUGCGAUUACUACGAGUACGAUACUUUUGCACAGGAUACGACGCGCAGCUGCACAACAGUUUUCGGGUACCGAGAGGCUCGGUCGGCAGCAGGUCCGCUUCGUCCUUCGUCACCAUCGAAGGGACUACUGCAGCGUAUCAAAUGUAAAAAUGUCUGGGUCUGGAAGAGUCAUGCUGUUUCUGCAUGACGCAGGAGGUCUGGCAUGGAAGCUCUAGCAUCACAGGUUUCGAGAAGCUUCCGCGAUGCCGAUUCCGCAUGACAAAUCCCCCAUUUUGGUGACAGAAAGUGAGCAGCUUUUGCUGCCCAUGCAUCAGAGAUUUUUGUGUGUUCUGAAAUGCGCAUCACAAGUUACAUCCUUCCAGACCCAGACAUUUUUACAUUUGAUACAAGGGGGGAAGAUACAACAACGCUCGAGGCCGUCGUGCAAAAAGAGGCGAGCCCGGUACCGGAAACUCCACUAGAGGACGGGGUGGAGUCCGCAGAAGACACUGCCGCCGCGGGAGCAACUGGGUCCUCGAAGCCCAAGCACCUGGUGAAGACGAAAACCUCCAAUCUCAGGGGUGCGGCGGCCGCGUCCACUGCGGCAAUGGAACAGUAGGCGUCACAGCAGUGGCGUUUUUUGCCAAGUAGUUGGUGAGUUCUUGUUCUGACAAGUAGUUGACUUCUCAACAAAAAAUUAAAAACGACUUUGAAACUAUACCUGAUUCUGUUCGCGAUGAAUGUGUACAAUCUUGUUCGACUUGCUUAAGCGAAGUGCAAAUUCGUGCAAUGUACCAAAGGACGCUGUGAAAUUUUGAAACUAGUUUCUGGACCACUGAAAAUGGAAAAAACUGUAUUCGACUCUACAAUUUGUGUCCGUCGAAGAUAUUCGAAGAAUCAAGAAUAUUUCGUGCUUGUACAAAAUGCUCUAAAAACGAAAAUUUUUGAUUUUGGCUCUACAAACCCUAGAAU